CCAACGUGUGCGCCCGCUAGGUCUUGGUGGAAGCGUUAAAUAGGGAGAGCGGCGCGACUCUCCCGUAUCAGCUCAACUACAAGAAGGCUGAAGGCGUCCCCGCACGCACUCUAGGGCCAGCGAGGAGCGAGCCCAAAACCAUCUGUCGAAAAGAGGAAACAAUGAAUGAGCAGAGAUCUCUCGGGAAGGAAAAUCAAGUAAGACUUACUUCUUUCAGUCCAACCUUCCUUCCAGUCGUUCUGGAAGGAAUUUCUGUAUCUAAUCCCUCCCAUCGCCUCUGAAGAAUGCAACAGUUCCUCUGUCAAGUCAGACUCAGACUGAAGUAGAUGUUUUCGCCGCGAUUACUACUGUUUCCUCUUCCUUACUCGCAGACCAUGAAGUUUUAGGAUUAAAAAGAGAAAGAAGAGAUUAGGGUUUUUUUUGGGGGGGUUUGGUUUGGGGAUGGCAGAUGAGGGAAAUGAAGGUCAAAACAGGAGAAUGGAUCUGAAUUUGUAUCUCGGUCUUCCUCAUUCAGCACGUCGUAGGGAAUUGGAUCUUGGGUCUGAUCUUUCUCUUGGCUCCCUAUCCGCAUCAGGCGAGGCAGAAAUUCGUGGAUCUACAGAGAUGUCUCAUUAUGCAGAGGCCUCAGAUUCUCAUGCUCCCUAUUCCCCAUCUCAUGCUUCAUUUUCCCCGAAUCCGCAAGCUGUGGAACCUCUAGAUUCUCAUGAAAAUUCCUCCUUUGCCUGUCCCGACUACUCGUCGCUCCCUUCUUAUCCGUCUAUUCCACAAGCGACGCAAUCUGAUGUUGAACCGCUGGUUGGGGAAGGCAGGUCCCAUCCUGAGUAUAGUCCUUACUCCCCAUCUUAUGAUUCUGUCAUUCCGACUGUGGAAGCGCGCCCGGAACCUGUAGGGCAGGACAUGAAUGAACUUACUGAACAUUCUCCUUACUCUCCGUCCUAUGCUCCAGCAUCAGCUACUGGGAAUGAUGGCUCUGAAACUAUGGUCCACGAAGGUGGCAACCAUGUGGAAUACGUUCCAUACUCACCGUCUUAUGUGCCUGCUUCAUUGUCAACCCCCGGUUCCUCUGGUGAACCCUUAGUCCAAGAAGAUAUUCCACAUAUUCCAUAUAUCCCAGUCAGUCCUUCUGAUCAAGCCCAGCAUGGUGUCUCUAGUGGAUUGGUACCUGAAGCCACUGGGUUUGGCGCACAUCAGGUAACUGGACGGGGCGGAGAUACUCUAGUUCGAGACAGCCCUUUGCACCGUGUGCUUCUUCAGUAUCCGGAAUAUCGUAUCAGGAGAUUGGUCGAGUCACAUCGCCGCCGUUGGCCUGUUCGUAGGUUCAGAUCAACAGUUCCUUAUGGUCUUAGCCGUAAUCUUGGUGCAAUUUCCUCAGAGAAUGGUGCCUUGCGCAGUGUGACAACCGAGGAAUCUAAUGAAGAAAAUAGUGAGACCCAAAAAACAAAUUUGGAAGGCAUUGCAGCACAGGAUUCGGAAGAGGGAGCAAAGGAACAAGCUAGUGGAACCACAAAUUUUGAUUGCAAUAUCUGUUUGGAUGUGGCCAAGGAGCCAGUGGUUACUUCUUGUGGUCAUCUAUUUUGUUGGCCUUGUUUGUAUCAGUGGCUGUAUCUUCACUGUGAUCAUAGGGAGUGCCCUGUAUGCAAGGGGGAGGUACUUGAAUCCAAAAUAAUUCCUAUUUAUGGACGGGGGAACUCUGAGACAGGGGAUAAGCAGAAGGGGCAGGAUGCUGGGAAUUCAGAUUUGAAGAUACCUCCUAGGCCACGCGGACAUCGAUUUGAGAGUUUAAGGCAACAAAUAAGGAGACCAUUUUCACAGAGGUUGGAAGAAAUUAACUCAUUGAGGCUUAUUUUGGGUGGAGAAAUACUCAAUGGAAAUUUAGACAGGCAAGAAGAGCCGAGUACACAGAGGUUUGUUGAUGGAGCUAGUGCUUCAAAUAGGAGCCGUAGAUUGCUUUCCAGGCUUGUGACAGCCCAGCGGUUUCAUAUGGGGGACAAUUUAGAAAGUGGAUUGGAUACAAGGAGAGGUGAGUCAUCUAGAAAUGCUGUUGAAGUGGCUUUAAGCUACACUGAAAAUGGUAAUUCACCUUCUGAAGGGCUUCAUGGGGGUGAAUCAAGAAGUACACCACCUGCUAUUGCACGACACGGUAUUGGCUUCUGGCCCCGGCAUGCUUUUUACAGUGUUUCUACUUCUGAUAGAUUGGCUGCUAUGGCUGCUGACUUAUCUAGGAUGAUGAGGAGGUUUGGAAACAGUGGUAACCAGUCUGGUGCCUCGUCAUCCAUGAAUCCACAAGAUUCCAAUCCUAAUGUUCAAGGAUCCCGAGAAGCAACGGUAGCUGCAGAUCAGGUUUCUGCUUCAAGUACAAUGGCCGUGAUUCAGGAUGAUGCUGGAGUUCCUGUUGAUGCCCCGUCAGAGCCAAACAGUGGGAGUUCUUCUCGUACCCUCAGAAGAAGAAGGAGAAAUAGUGUGUCUGGUUCUGUAGACGUAGAUGGAGGAGUUCAUCAUGCACGUAAAAGGAGAAGAUUAAACUAACUUUGAAAUUUAUUACAGCACAACAAUUUUUAAAUAAGUUAUGAUCUCUUUUCUUUCUUUGUGAUAUGGAUAUUAUUAGAUUUCUUGUAGGCCAUGUACCAUAAUUUAGUUCUAAAUCAUGCUAUAUCAUGUUGUUGAUCAAUGCAAUUGAGUUUCAUUUUCAUGUUGAUGUUUCUUGUUAUCCUGUACUAUGGACAGUGUUCAUUCUACAUUUGAUACUAAAUACAUGGCAUUUUUGUCUGGUUCCACAGCCC